AUGGCGAGCGAGGUAACGCUGUUGGACUUCUGGCCGAGCAUGCUCGGCAUUAGAGUGAGAGUAGCCCUGGCCGAAAAGGGCAUCAAGUACGAACACAGAGAAGAGGAUCUGAGAAACAAAAGCCCACUUCUUCUUCAGAUGAAUCCGAUUCACAAGAAAAUCCCAGUUCUCAUUCACAACGGAAGACCCAUUUCUGAAUCUCUCAACAUUGUCCACUACAUCGACGAUGUUUGGAAUCACGACAGAGCUCCGUUGCUUCUUCCUUCUGAUCCUGAUCAGAGAUCCCAAGCAAGAUUCUGGGCUCACUUUGUUGACCAAAAUUCUGAUCCUUAUCAGAGAUCCCAAGCAAGAUUCUGGGCUCACUUUGUUGACCAAAAUGUGUUUAGUAGUGGUAGGAGGGUAUGGGCCACAAAAGGAGAAGAGCAAGAGGCAGCCAAGAAGGAAUUCAUGGAAACUCUGAGGCUGUUUGAAGUGGAGCUCGGAGACAAGCCAUACUUUGGGGGAGAGUCCUUUGGGUAUGUAGACGUCUCCCUCGUGGCAUUCUACAGCUGGUUUUACGCCUACGAGACAUUUGGCAACUUCAGCAUCGAGGAGGAGUGCCCCAGGCUCAUAGCAUGGGCCAAGAGGUGCAUGGAGAAGGAGAGCGUCUACAAAUCUCUUCCGGACGAGAAGAAGAUCUUCGAGUUUGUUAUUCAACUGCGGAAGAAGUUUGGCAUUGAGUAGAGGAAGUGAAGGAAAUAGAGAGCAUUGUUUGUUCCAUGUUGAGAGAGCAAUGUUGAUUCCAUGUUUGUUGAUCGCUUCAAGGGAAG